AUGGCGUCGGUGCAAGUUUCGCCUGCGGUGCAGCACCCAGGCGCCCCCAUGCCCGCCGGCGCGACCAAGCAGCAAGCUGAAGAGGUUUUCAAGGUAAGUCUCGCGACGACGCCGGGCCUGUCCAACCUACCCCCACCCCCUUUGGCCUUUGCGCCCCAGGGCUCUGUCCACAAGGUCCAGUCAGGCUUACACUUGGCCCAGAAAUUGAAGCAAAUGAAGGAACAAGGCGUCCCCUCGACGGACCCGGAAUACAUCAAGGCCUCUCACUUCUUGAUGAACUUUCAGCAGCAACACAACAUGCGCAGAAGCCAGCAGCAAUAUCUGCUUCAGCAGCAGCAGCAUCUUCAGCAACAUGCCUCCAACGGCGCCAUCAAUGGCUCCUCCGCCCCGGGACAGAGCUCGGCGGCAACCUCUGGGCUGGCAUCCGGGCCUGGCUCGUCGUCAAGCCAAUUCAGCCAGCAACAGCUUGCUCUCCUUCGACAGCAAAUCCACGCAUUCAAGCUCCUGGGCAAGAAUGCAGGCGUGUCAGUCCAACUCCAGCAGGCCAUCUUCAACCAGCGCCAACCAAAGUCCAGCCAGCCCGGCCAGGAUGCGCCCAAGUCCGCAUCAGUUGGCCCUGAGCCGGCCGUCCAGGAAGACUCUCCCUCGCUGCCGAAAACCCACACGUACAAGACGGUCAAGUCCCCGUACGGCACCAGCAUGAUUCGGUCCUCGAUCAAGUAUCUGGACCAUGCCCAGCGCAAGAACCGAUGGUUCAUUCCCGGCGUCUUCCCCACAGGCAUCGACUUCGAUCACCUCCGCUACGAGAGGGAGGUCGUCGUCUUCAAUCGCAUGGCCCAGCGGUAUGCGGAGCUCAAGAACCUGCCCGCCAAUAUCGCUCACUGGGAUGCUACCAAUGAGACUCUCGAGGCGGAUGACUCGCUGAAACUCAAGGCCAUCAUCGAGAUGAAGAGUCUUGGUCUCUAUGCCAAGCAGCGCGCUCUUCGCGACAAGAUUGGCCGCCAGAUGAUGCACUAUGAUAACCUCGCCAUGACUACCAACCGCUCGCUAUAUCGUCGCAUGAAGAAGCAAAACGUCCGCGAGGCACGCAUCACGGAGAAGUUGGAGAAGCAGCAGCGCGACGCCCGUGAAAAUCGUGAGAAGAAGAAGCACGUCGACUUUCUCCGCGCCAUUUGCCAUCAUCGUGCCGAGAUCCACGAGGCGGCCAACACUCAGCGGACCAAGUCGCACAAGCUCAGCCGUCUCAUGUAUGCCCAGCACUUCAACAUCGAAAAGGAGGAGCAGAAGCGCAUCGAGAGAACUGCCAAGCAACGUCUGCAGGCCCUCAAGGCCAACGACGAGGAAGCGUACCUCAAGCUCCUCGACCAGGCCAAGGACACCCGCAUUACCCAUCUGCUCAAGCAGACGGACGGCUUCCUGCACCAGCUCGCCUCGUCCGUCAAGGCCCAGCAGCGGCAGGCGGCUGAGACCUAUGGGGAGGACCCGGACAACCUCCCCGAGGAGGAGAGCGAGGAAGACGACGACAGCGGCAAGAAGAUCGAUUACUACGCAGUUGCCCAUCGCAUCCGCGAAAAUGUCACCGAGCAGGCCAACAUGCUCGUGGGUGGCUCUCUCAAGGAGUAUCAGAUCAAGGGUCUCCAGUGGAUGAUAUCGCUCUACAACAACAACCUCAAUGGUAUCCUCGCCGACGAGAUGGGUCUCGGCAAGACCAUCCAGACCAUCAGUCUGAUCACGUACCUGAUAGAGAGAAAGCACCAGACCGGGCCCUACCUCGUCAUCGUGCCUCUGAGCACCCUCACCAACUGGAACCUUGAGUUUGAGAAAUGGGCCCCGUCCGUCUCCCGGAUCGUCUACAAGGGACCGCCCAACACACGGAAACAACAUCAAGAGCGGAUCCGCCAAGGCAGGUUCCAGGUGCUUCUGACAACUUAUGAGUACAUCAUCAAGGACCGCCCGAUCCUCAGCAAGAUCAAGUGGUUCCACAUGAUCAUCGACGAAGGCCAUCGCAUGAAGAACUCCAACUCCAAGCUCAGCGCGACCAUUCAAACGUACUACGUCACCCGCUUUAGACUCAUCCUCACCGGUACUCCUCUGCAGAACAACCUGUCGGAGCUGUGGGCCAUGCUCAACUUUGUGUUGCCCAACAUUUUCAAAUCCGUCAAGACCUUUGACGAGUGGUUCAACACUCCGUUUGCCAACACGGGCGGGCAAGACAAGAUGGAGCUCACAGAAGAAGAGCAGAUUCUCGUCAUCCGUCGACUGCACAAGGUCUUGCGGCCGUUCCUACUUCGUCGUCUGAAGAAGGACGUGGAGAAAGAUCUGCCCGACAAGACGGAGAAGGUCAUCAAGUGCAAGUUCUCUGCUCUGCAGUCGAGGCUAUACAAGCAAAUGGUCACGCACAACAAGCUUGUCGUUAGCGACGGCAAGGGCGGUAAGACAAACGCCCGCGGCCUGAGUAACAUGAUUAUGCAGCUGCGCAAGCUGUGCAACCACCCGUUCGUCUUCGACGAGGUCGAGAAUGUCAUGAACCCCAUGAGCAUCAGCAACGACUUGCUGUGGAGAACAGCCGGCAAAUUCGAGCUGCUGGAUCGGAUUCUUCCCAAGUACCAGGCCACCGGACAUCGGGUGUUGAUGUUCUUCCAGAUGACGGCCAUCAUGGACAUUAUGGAAGACUAUCUGCGGUACAGGAAGCUGGAGUAUCUGCGUCUGGACGGUACGACCAAGUCAGACGAGCGGUCCGACCUGCUGCGCGAGUUCAACGCUCCUGAUUCGAAAUACUUCAUGUUUCUGCUCUCCACUCGCGCCGGUGGUCUCGGUCUCAACCUGCAAACUGCCGACACGGUCAUCAUCUACGAUUCAGACUGGAAUCCCCACCAGGAUCUCCAAGCACAGGAUCGUGCCCAUCGUAUCGGCCAGAAGAAUGAGGUGCGAAUUCUCCGUCUGAUCAGCUCAAACUCCGUGGAGGAGAAAAUCCUGGAGCGAGCCAGAUUCAAGCUGGAUAUGGACGGCAAAGUCAUUCAGGCUGGUCGAUUCGACAACAAAUCCUCGGAAACUGAUCGUGACGCCAUGCUGCGAACCCUGCUGGAGACGGCCGACAUGGCCGAAUCCGGAGAGCAGGACGACAUGGAGGAUGAGGAGCUGAACAUGAUGCUUGCGCGAAGCGAUGAUGAGUUGGUCGUGUUCCAGAGGAUGGACGAGGAGCGACAGCGGGAACCCGUCUAUGGCUUAGCUUCGGGCGCCAAGGUUAAGCCGCGUCUGAUGGGAGAAGAGGAGUUGCCCGACAUUUACCUGAACGAGGGCAACCCUGUGGAGGAAGAGAAUGAAGAGAUUUCGCUGGGCCGUGGCGCUCGUGAACGCACCAAGGUGCGGUACGACGACGGCCUGACGGAAGAACAGUGGUUGAUGGCCGUGGACGAUGACGAGGACUCGCCAGAGGCCGCCGCGGCUCGCAAGAUGGCCCGCAAGGACAGGCGGGAGAACAACAAGCUGAAGAAGAUGGCCAUCAUGAACUCGAUGGACAAUUCGCCGGCAGGGAGUCGGGGCAGCACGGAAGAGAACGAGAAGCGCAAGGCGGAGGAUGUCGACGAAGAGCCCCCGGCCAAGAAGCGGCGGGGUCCGCAGGGAAGGCCCAGCAAGCGGGAGACGCUCCAGAGGAGCUUGCGGACUCUGUACGACGCUCUGAUGGGUCUCGAGGUGGACGACAUCGAGCCCCCCGCCGAGGACGACGAGUCUGACGCCGGGAAGCGGCUCAUCAUCGGCCCCUUCAUCAAGCUGCCACCGAAGCGCGAGUACGCCGACUACUACGUCAUCAUCCAGAACCCCAUUUGCAUGAACCAGAUCCAGACUCGGAUCAAGAAGGAGGAGUAUACUUGCCUAGGCGACAUGCGCAAGGACUUUGAACUCAUGAUUCGAAAUUGCCAAACCUACAACGAGGACGGCAGCAUCCUCUACCAGGAUGCCAAGACGAUGGAGGAGUUAUUCAACAAGAAAUGCCAGGAGGAGAUGGACGCGCACCCGCAGCUGCAUGAGCUGGAGGAGGGAAGCAGGGCCGACGGGCUCUCCGGGAGCGGAGGAACGCCCGGCGGAACGCGAAUCAGGAUCGUCUCGAGUGGAGCGCGUGAGGCGGCCAACGGGGCGCGGUCCACGGCGCAAAGCGACGAGGAUUAA